AUGGUCGAUAACGACAAUGAUGUCGUGAUGGACGGCCAGGAAGACCAUCCUGCCACAUCUGGCAUGCCAGCAACAAGUAAUGGCUUCACCAAGACAGAACCAGAAUCGAAUGGUCAUGACCACGCCGGCACUAUCAAAUACGAGAAGGAGGAGAAGCUGGCCGAUGAGAAAGAUCCGUUUAUAUAUCCGGCUCGCCUAAAGCGACGAGGUCUCCUUCCGACAGGAUGCUGCUACGAUGAUCGCAUGAAGCUUCACGCCAAUGCCGACUUUGGCCCGAACCCACACCAUCCUGAAGACCCGUCGCGUAUCGAGCAUAUCAUGAGGAUUUUCAAGAGGGAAGGUCUCGUGUUUACCGGCAACGAUGAGGACCUAAAGAAGGUCAUCCGCACCGACCCGAGGAGGUACAUGUGGCGCAUCCCGGCCCGACACGCGACCAAGGAGGAGAUUUGCCUCGUCCACCACCCUGAGCACUUCCGAUGGGUGGAGAAUCUAGACUCCCUUUACGUCGGUAGCAUGACGUUUGAGGCAUCCUUGAUCUCGGCUGGAGGUGCUAUUGAGACCUGCAAGAGCGUGGUUGUCGGCAACGUCAAGAACGCUUUUGCGGUUAUCCGUCCGCCGGGUCAUCACGCAGAGUUCGACCAGCCCAUGGGUUUCUGUCUCUUCAACAACGUCCCAAUAGCAGCCAAGAUCUGCCAAACUGAAUACCCUGAGAUUUGCCGCAAGGUACUUAUCUUGGAUUGGGACGUUCACCACGGCAACGGUAUCCAAAACAUGUUUUACGAUGACCCGAAUAUUCUAUACAUCUCGCUACACGUCUACAUGAACGGCUCGUUCUACCCUGGAAAACCGGAUAAUCCGAUGACGCCAGAUGGCAGUAUCGAGAACUGUGGAGCGGGCGUAGGCUUGGGAAAGAACGUGAACAUUGGUUGGCACGACCAAGGAAUGGGUGACGGCGAGUACAUGGCAGCUUUCCAGAAGAUUGUCAUGCCGAUUGCCCACGAGUUCGAUCCCGAUCUUGUCAUCAUCUCCGCCGGGUUUGACGCCGCGGACGGUGACGAGUUGGGUGCUUGCUUUGUCUCGCCAACUUGCUAUGCCCACAUGACACAUAUGCUCAUGUCCUUGGCCAACGGCAAAGUAGCUGUCUGUCUAGAAGGCGGCUACAACCUUGAGGCGAUCUCCAAAUCAGCCUUGGCAGUAGCCCAAUUACACGCCCAGCCAGACCCCCUUGACAACAGUCUCCAGCCACACGACUCCUGGAUUACGGAUAGUAUCCCCCAAUACAUCAAGUGGGCCAUCGACAGGAAUAUUGGCGUUUUCGAUAUCAAUAUCCCUCAAUACAUCACACAUCCAGAAGAUACGGAAUCAUUUGCCCCCAAGGUGGACGAGCGGACGCAACAAGCACAGAUCCAGGAACUCAUGUGCUACAUCUGGGAUAACUACCUCCAGCUUUACGAUGCGGAUGACAUCUUCCUUAUGGGUGUUGGUAAUGCCUACCUCGGUGUCAAGCUGCUUCUCAUAAACAGAGAUGUGAAGUCGCGAAUCAACGGAGUCGUCAAUUUCGUCAACGGAAACCUACGCCCCGUCAAAUCAGAUGUCGACACCGAUCUUUCAUCGUGGUACAAGGAUAACUCGCGGGUCUACGUGUCGGCAGACCAUGCAUGCUGGGCGGAUGCUGACUUGAGUCGGAAGGUUAUGAAGCGCCGAUUCGGUUCAGUCAUUCGCAGCGACGUGAGCGGAUUGGGCCGUAUGAUGAACGAACACUUCAAGGAUGUGCAGGACUGGAUGGUUGUUAGGAUGCGGCCGGAUGAUGAGAAGUUUGGUGAUGAGAUGGUGGAUGAUGUGUGA